AUGACACAAAUUCAGCCUUUUAUGACGAAAAUUACUCUUCUUCUCUGCCUCACAGCAUUCUUUCAAUUCCAUUUUACUUCCUCGAAACCAAUUGGGUUUAGCCUAAAACUCAUUCCUAGAGACUCCCCAAAUUCUCCUCUCUAUCAAGGAAAUCUCACUAAACAUGAAAGAAUGCAAAGGUUGAUCAACAUCACUCAAGCCAAGGCUCACUACCUGCAAUAUAAAUCAUCACCGAAUUCCUCAAUCGUCCUCGAAAACAUUCGUUUUACUAUGAUCCGCGACAUUUUCUACUUCGCAGUGCAUGUAAGCAUAGGGAAUCCAAUCUGGCAAGGUUACCUGCUUAUGGACACUGGUGGUGGCCUAAUUUGGACCCAAUGUGAGCCGUGUAUAAGCUGUUUCCAUUUAGAAUAUGACAAUGACGAUCCCAGGGCUUCAAGUAGUUAUUCAAGGCUGCCUUGCGAUCACCCUCUUUGUCAAGCAGGUCUCUACCAAUGUGUCAAUGGCCAAUGCAUCUACGAAGUAACUUAUGGUGGUGGAGAUCAUGAUGAAGAUGUCCGGGGGCUAACCCAAGGUUAUGCCACCUUGGAAACAUUUAAAUUUAAUACAAUGCGAGGAGGCGAUCCGGUGUUCAUUAAUGACAUAAUCUUUGGUUGCUCUAAUGACAACCAAGGCUUUAGGUUUGGAGCUGAUGAUAAUAUUGCCGGGGUCAUGGGAAUGAGCAUGUCACUGGAUUCGUUAGUGAGCCAAUUGAGUGAUAGAAUAGAGAAAAAAUUCUCCUACUGCUUGCCUUCCAUGCUUGAUGAAAUAGAGAAUGACAUUCUUCUAAAUUUUGGCAGUGACAUCCCUAUACCUCAAAAUCUUCAGAGCACCCCAUUUGUAACACCAGCAUGGGCUAAUCCUUACUUCUACUUGAAUCUACUAGAUAUAAGUGUUGGACAGGAUCGGAUUGGAUUUCCACCGGGAACUUUUCAAGUUAGCCAUGAUGGGACUCAGGGAUUCUUUAUUGAUUCCGGAUUUCCUAUUACCACAUUGAACCAAAAUGCUUAUGGAACCAAUGUUUAUUUGGAGGUGAUGAACAAAUUUCAGGCUCAUUACGAUUCUCACAAGCUCGAAAGGUCGAGUGAUUCUCCUCAUGGGUUUGAACUUUGUUAUGAACAACCGCAUGAUUUUCAUGAUUUCUUGACGAUGACAUAUCAUUUUGAACGGUUUGCUGAAUAUGUUGUGCACUCGAAUGAUGCACAUUUUUUCGAUGAGUUAUAUGAUAUCUUCUGCGUGGCAAUACUACCGGGAAGUGGACCGUCGAUAUUAGGAGCUUUUCAUCAACAGAAUAAGAGGAUUAUUUAUAACUUGAAUGAUAACGUUCUACAAUUUGUCACUGAGACUUGUCCGUUUUAA